AUGGCGCUCCGUCGCAGACGUCGCCUUCCCGGACGAGUUCUGACCAUUCACCGCCAGACCCAUUGUGGCUCAAAGAACUACAAUCUAAAGGGACCAGUUAAAUCAUAUGCUCUUCAAAUUUUUUACUCUACAGAAAUGAUGUCAGGUGUUGAAAAUGAACUGACCUUGGCGAUACUAACGAAGGAUGAGUCUGCCGUGAAGUCAAUUAUACGCAAUGGUUUCGACGUCAGCAAUCCGGAUUCUCACGGAAACUCACCAUUACAUUAUGCCGUCUUUGUUGGAGACGUGGCGAUUACAUCAGUGCUCCUUGAAAGAGGUGCAAAUAUUAAUGCACAAGACUCACUAGGUCUAUCACCGCUGCAUCGCGCGAUUUCGGCAAAUAACUUCGAUGUCGCGAAACUUCUCAUUGAUAAAGAUAGUGGCGACUCCCGUGGAUGUACAGCUUUGCAUCAUGCUGCUUAUCGCGGUCACACUGAGGUUGCCGAAUUGUUGUUAAAGGCUGGAAUUAACAUGGCUUCCGUGUAA